CACACACACACACACACACACACACACACACACACACACACACACAUAUAGCCCCACCGCACUCAGUCAAGCAACAUGAAGUUCAUCGCUCUUGCCGCUCUCCUCAUCUCCGCCGUUGCCGUCACCUCGGCCGCUCUCCCCGUCGAGCCCAAGAACUCGUUCGCUCUCGCUCAAGAGGACCACAACCAGAACCAGAACGUCGUUGAGUCCAAAUCCACCUUGCCAUCGGGCAUCAAGGCCUACAUCGUCGUCUUCAAGCAGUCGGCUGCCGCUCAGGUCAUCGAGAAGGCCGAGCGCGACAUCUUGGACCUUGGUGGCAAGAUUGGACACCGCUACAGCACCGUCAUGAAGGGCUUCUCCGCCUGGAUUCCUACCCCUGUCGUCAAGGCCCUCGCGACCAACCCCUUUAUUGAGUACAUCGAGGAAGAUGGUGAAGUUUUCGCAUUUCACUAGGUCUUGAAUUUGCACCUUCGCCUCGCGCGCGCAUACAAUUUUUCUUUUCUUCUUCAUAACGGCACAUCUGUAUAACGGCCAUGCCGGUAAUCUCACACCUUCAUUCUUAAUCUCAUUACCCACUAUAUAUCCACUUAUAUAUCAUUCCACAUUAGUUUAGCACCGAUUCAAAACAAUAAGUAAUUCCAAUACUCAAUAAAGCGCACGCAUAUAUUCCUCAGAACACUCAGUUUGGUAUAUGCGCGACGACCACGAAUGGUAACUUAUCUUUUUACUGGACGAAGAGACUAUGACACGGUAGACAAACAUUACAUGAAGAUGGCAGCGCUUUAGGUCUGGG